CAGUUGUCAACUGCAUAGCGGCCAGGACACACAUCUAGUCAGCGGAGUAAAUCAGCGUCAGUGAAAAAAGCCAAGAUGAUACCGCACAGCGAGAAUCCUUUUUCGAUCGAGGAUACUUACGUCGAGGAGCCACAGUUCUCUGAGCAGUGCGGCAACAGUCGUUGUGGACAGCCCCAAACUGCGUAUGAGGUCUAUCAGAGAAUCCUGCUAAGAUUACAAGCCCAGGAACAUACACGCUCCACAGAAGCCAAUGAAUAUGAGAUAAGGAAGAAGUUCUGGAUAGCCAGCUUCACUGGGAGGCCCUUGCAAUAUCAAUGUUAGUUGAACAACACAAAAGAAAACCAUAUCCCUGAUAGAAAAUAUAUCCAAAGAUAGACAGACAUUUGUUUUAAGCCUUUAUUAACUUUAUAGCCUUACUUUAGACAUUAACAGUUAAACUUAAGCUACUUACCCAUCAGAUUUAAAAUAAAAUAAUACUUUGAAAAAACCUGAAAUAUUUUAGUUAUGCAAACUCUUUAUAUGUUUAUUCAAUGUUUUUUCUUUUUCAUUUAUAAAUUUAUAAUAGUUUAUUAACUUAUUUUUAGACGCACUUUAAGGUCUUGAUGUGAUCUUCAUUUCGUUUUUUUUUUUUUUUU